AUGAGCGCUCGCGGCGAGGCCGCCGCCGCCGCCGUCCUCCUCAGCGAGGAACUGCUCGGCGUGAUCGCCGACUUCAUCGGGCUCGACUUUUUCAGUGGGUGCGCUCUGGCCUUCGGCGCCGCCGGCAGCGUGGCACGGCACAAGCGUGUCAGCUGGCGACUCUGCCGGCUCGAGUCGAGCUUCGGCUCGCACGGACCCGGCGAUGGCCAGUUCUGCGCCCCCUCCUCCAUAGUGGCGACCGCGUCGGGCGUUGCUGUGAGCGACGCGGGGAACUGCCGCGUCCAGUCGCUGACACCGAGCGGCAGCCACCUCCUCUCCAUGCCGCUGUGUCCCGGGCCUCACGUCGUGGCCGGCUUGGCGGCGGCGGCGGACGGCACCAUAUUUGCGGGCAUAAAGGAGUUCGACUCUGGCUGGGACUACCCCUCGCUCGACCGGUGGCACAGCUACGUGCUUCGCGCCUCGCCGACUGGUGAUAUUUUGGAGCGGUUCGGUGGCGCGUGCGGAGGCGGCUCGAACCAGUUCUCGCGCGUGUGCGGGGUGAGCCUGGCGGGCAGUCAGCUCCUCGUCGUCGACCAGGGCAACCACCGCAUCGUGGUGCUCGGCACGGCGCCAAAGCUGCGGUGGCUUCGAGCCUUUGGUAGCCAGGGCAGCGGCCGUGGAGAGCUUAGCCUUCCAGAGACGGCGAUUGGCCACGAGGGCAGCGUCUACGUGGCGGACCAGGGUAACGCUCGUGUGUCCGUGUGGACAGAGGAGGGCCGCUAUGUGCGGUGUUUCGGGGCGCCGGGUGGGGGUGCGGGCAUGUUCGAGGAGGUUUGCGGUCUCGCGAUCCUCGGGACGCCGGCGCGACUUGUUGCCUGCGACGUCUCCCGGCUGCACGUGAUGACGCUGCACGGCGUGCCGCUGCACGUGAUCCAUUUCGGCGCGGCUGCUGACGUGUGCGGCGUCACAGUCGCCCACGGCCAGCUCUUUGUGACCGACCAGCGGCAGUCGAUAGUGCACGUGUUGCAUUUGUGGCUGUGA